GACGGCCACGUCACUGGACGACGUUUUGCGGGAGAUGUUAAAACACUUUGCCGAAGACUCCGACAACUCGGAGCCGAGCUGCAACUUUGACAAAAUUAUGAGCACUUUAUUCACCGAUUCGGGGACCCCCAGAGAGGGGAAUGUUCACCUUUUGUCGGACACAAUUCAGGGGGUGACCGCCACAGUCACCGGGAUCCAGUAUCAGCAGUCGUGGCUCUGUAUCAUUUGCACUAUAAAAUCCCUCCAGCGCCGUCACGUCUGCAUCAGCCGCCUUGAGAGACCCCAGAACUGGGGGGAGAAUUCCUGUGAAGUGAGAUUCGUGAUUUUGGUGCUCGCGCCUCCAAAAAUGAAAAGUACCAAAACAGCCACCGAAGUGGGCCGGACAUUUGCCACCAUGUUUUCGGACAUCACCUUCCGGCAGAAACUUCUGGAAACCAAAACCGAAGAAGAAUUCAAAGAAGCUUUGGUCCACCAGCGACACCUGCUGAUGGUGGUCAACCAGAGGCCCUCGGCCAUGACUGAGGACCACAGAGCCCAUGGUCCCAAGCCUCUGAAGGAGCAUACUUGAACCGAGAUGACAUUUCCUUCCUCCCUUCAGCUGCACGAGUUCUUCAACGUUGGCAAGGGGAUUUUUGAUGACAUUGCUAGAAGGUUUCCAGUCUACGCUCUGGACUACACUGACGGCAUUAUCGGCAACAACAAAGCGAUAGGGAAAUACAUCACCACCAUGAUCUUCCUCUAUUUUGCCUGCCUCCUGCCAACCAUCGCUUUCGGGUCCCUGAAUGACGAGAACACCGAGGGGGUCAUAGAUGUGCAAAAGUCGAUUGUGGGUCAGUGCAUCGGUGGCCUGCUUUACGCGCUCUUCGCCGGCCAGCCGCUAGUGGUGCUUUUAACCACGGCUCCUUUGGCACUGUAUAUCAACGUGAUCAAAGGAAUCUGUUACGACUACAAUUUGGAUUUCCGCGCGUUUUACGCUUGGGUCGGUCUCUGGAACAGCUUUUUCCUCGUGCUGUACUCUCUCUUCAACUUCAGCCUUGUCAUGAAGCUCUUUAAAAGGUCCACUGAGGAAAUCAUUGCCCUUUUUAUUUCCAUCACCUUCGUCCUCGAUGCCCUUAAAGGAAUCACAAAAGUUUUUACCAACUACUACCACGGCUCAAGACCGCAGACGUUGUCCAUCAACAACAACACCCUCUUGCUGAACAUCUCGACAGAACGUCCCGCGAUGGGAAAUGAGAGCGACGGUCCUUCAGAUGCCGCGCACGAGGGGCGAGAAACCGCCGUCCUGAGUCUGAUGCUCAUGCUGGGCACCUUGUGGCUUGGGCACACUCUUUAUCAGUUCAAGAAAAGCCCGUACCUCCAUCCCCGCGUCCGCGAAAUCCUGUCGGAUUGUGCGCUGCCGAUUUCUGUCCUCACCUUCUCCGUGAUCGGAUCCCACUUCUUCGCGGAAAUAAAAAUGUCCAAAUUUAACUACAAUCAGUCGGAGAGCUUGUUCGUCUUGGCCCCCUUGAAAGAUCUCCACCUGGGCCCGGUCAUGAGCGCGAUGGGUCUGGGCUUCCUGCUCUCCAUGCUUUUCUUCAUCGAGCAAAACAUCGUGGCCUCGCUCACCAACGCACCUGAGAACAGGUUGGUGAAGGGAACAGCCUAUCACUGGGACCUGCUCCUGGUAGCGCUGAUCAACACGGGCCUGUCCGUCUUCGGAUUACCCUGGAUCCACGCUGCCUUUCCUCACUCGCCGAUGCACGUCCGGGCCCUGGCUUACGUCGAGGAAAGGGUUGAGAACGGACACAUCUACGAGACGAUUGUGAGUGUGAAGGAGACCCGGCUAACCACGUUGGUGGCCAACUCUUUGGUGGGCCUGUCGCUCCUGCUGCUUCCUUUCCCCCUCCAGCUGAUCCCGAAGCCGGUCCUCUACGGACUCUUCCUCUACAUUGCCUUCACCUCCAUCGAUGGGAACCAGCUCUUCGAGAGGGUGGCCCUCUUGCUCAAGGAGCAGACAGCCUAUCCUCCCACCCAUUACAUCCGCCGGGUGCCCCAGAGGAAGAUCCACUAUUUCACCGGCCUGCAGGUCCUCCAGCUCCUCAUUCUCUGCAGCUUUGGGAUGUCCCCUCUGCCCUACAUGAAGAUGAUUUUCCCGCUCAUUAUGAUCGGAAUGAUCCCGAUCAGAUACAACUUGCUCCCCAGGAUCAUCGAAGCGAAAUAUUUAGACGCCAUGGAUGCCGAACACUAACCCCGAUUGUCUCCGUCCUUGCGGCGAUCCGUCGCUCGUUUUGGUCUUCCGGAACGGAAAGGGGAGCUGCUGACUGACUGGGAGUUGCU